AACAUGUCACGACUAAAAUCAAUUACAUUGUUGCUCAACCAUCUUUUAAUAUCCUCCUUUUCGGAUGCUGUAGUUGCAGCGGAUGCGGACGCAAGAAUCAUUUAAAUGAGUGGGUGCUUAGUCGUCAGAAGGCUACAUAUUUGAUUGCUAGGAGAGGUUUUUGAGCGGAAAAAUGGUCGAAACUACAACUGCCCCUGUUGAAAAACCAGCUACCAAACCAGUCGCAGUAACGAAGCAUUCAAUUCGCGAGGAAGUAUGGUCCAACUUGGUGAAAAUCAAGGCUGCGGUAUUCCCAUGGCCGUACAGGCGAAUUCCCAACUUCAAAGAAGCCGAAAAAGCGGCGACCAAACUUAUCGAGCUGCCCGAAUUUAAAGAAACAAAAUCUGUGGAAGUGAACCCGGACAAGGCUCUGGAGCCCGCCAGAAGGGUGGUCCUAGAGAACGAAAAGGACCUCUACGUUCCCAGUCCAAGGAUUCAAGGGAGCAUGCUGAAUAAAUUGGAGAGUGAUGGAGUGAACAGUAUUAACAAGAUCGUUACCAGGUGGGGCAUCGACAAUGUCGGUACAAAGAUUGAUAUAGAUGAUAAGUUCCACAUUGACAUGUUGGUGUUGGGGAGCGUCGCUGUAUCGAAAGAUGGACACCGCAUAGGCAAAGGCAGCGGGUACGCUGACAUUGAGUUUGCCGUUCUUAAAGAAAUUAACGCUAUCGAUGACAACACUGUUAUUGUGACCAUCGUGCAUGACAGCCAAGUAUAUGACGAAUUGCCCAAAGAGUUAUUUGAGAAAUACGACGUACCUGUUGAUUAUAUCGUGACUCCUACAACGAUAAUUAAAGUUGAAAACAAACUACCAAGGCCCGAAGGGAUAUAUUGGAACAUAUUAACCGAGUCACGUGUCAACCGUAUUAAAGUAUUGCAAAAAAUGAAGGAAAAACAUGAAAAGGAAGGUAGAGACACCACACUGUGCGCGACCGAGGAACCUGCUCCGCGCCCAAGGUACGGGUAUAGAGGAGGGCCAAGAAGGUUCAGCAGAAGGAAGCCAAAAGUACAAAACGGCGACGGUGCGCAAACCGUCGUCGAAGGCGAAGCACAUAAUGGAAGAUCGACUACAGAAAGAGUUAGAAGGCCAAGAAGAUUUCCUAGGAGGUCACGUUCUCAGUCUGAAGGGCAGAAAUCUAAUGCCGAAGCGGGAGAGAACAACGAGAAUAUUCCACCUCAGGGCGCGCGCAACAGAAGGAAGUACCGUAAACCAACCGACUACUCCCUAUUGGUCAGCAACAUUGGCAGAACGGUAAGGAUCAGAGAGCUGAAGAACGCCCUGAUAGACAAGGGCAUCAAACCGAAUAACAUCACAUGGAGAGGUUGGAAGGGCUUCUGUUACCUCCACUAUGCCAAGACGACGAAGAAACCAGAAGAGGAAUCUCAAGAGCCGUUCGCCAUUGACAGCGUCAUCGAAAUCAUACAGGAAUUGAAGCUCAAUCCGAGUGCCGACGUUAACUUGAACGUCAAAGUUAUGGAGCCCAUCACCCGGAUCGAAACGAUAAAUAUAACUGCUGUUUAA